AAGUUGUCGUUCUUCUCCGUAUUUGUAUCGCCUGGAGUCUGGGUGCCUUCGUGCCUUUAUUGACAGUGAUUCAUACUGAUGAUACCGCGCCAGUUUGCGUGCUCUAAGAAAUCAUUAGCACAGUCGUACAUUACAGCCGAUUAUCUGUAUGGUCGAUACAACGCAUAUCGUAUCCCAACUCUAUACCGGACCUGCUAAAUAAAAAGCACAUGCGCAACGAGAAGCUACUGAUAACGGAUAUCCGAACCAAGCAGAAGGAACAGUGCGUGAAAGCGACGGUUGCCUAGUCCGCGGCGCAUCUGUCUGUAUGACGAGAGAGAGAGACAGAGAGAGGGAGAGAGAAGUUGAGUUCUUGAUUAUGGAGUCCAACUUGGUCCGGAAUCAGUUUGACUUACAGCAGAGUGCGUUGUCUUUGCUGUUGACUGACAUGUGAAUAAAUGCUACAGAGCACGCGGCUAUCUGUCAAACUAGUUGGCCUGCCUUCUCACUCAAUGUCUCUCAGCCAGACUUCCGCAAACGAUCGAUCGAGCGAAUCUGCCUGUCAGGCAUGAGAAUCGUACUCAUUUAGGCCUGAAAGAUACAAUCAAUAUGGUCCCCGCGAGCAAUCCAGUACUACCUGGAACUCCGCACUUCUGCUUCAAUCCCCAGGAGUUUUCACCUGGAAGAAAUGCAGUGAUUUCUUACAUCGGUGUCAGUGGGAAUUUGACUUCCACGCCUCCUGUUGUCGCCCUACGCCACCCAUCUGAUGAGCAUCGGCAAACUCAUGAUACCCCAAAGCUUAUGAGACGGUAUUUAGUCCCAUCCUUGUGAACCACUCUUGCACCUCAAUCGGAUGGAGUUACCCUCAGACAUCACUCCAGCCCAUUUCAUGGGAGGUCUCUUUAUAGAGAUCUGCAUCGCUAUCCUGUUAUAUGGAAUUAUUAUAGCGCAGAUUUAUUUCUAUUGGCUUAACUCUCGUGGCGAUUCGGUCAUGCUCCGAGCUGUUGUGUGGGCGGUCUGCUCUUUUGAGGCUCUGCAUACUAUUUUCAUUGUCCAUAUGGCCUAUUCAUAUGCGGUUGAAGGCUUCGGAAACUUUGAAAAGGUUUCUCAUAUCGUCUGGAGCGCAGGCGCAUCUGUCUUGAUGGAGAUGUUGAUUAUAUCUCUAACACAAGGCUUCUAUCUAUGGCGCAUAUGGAUCUUGAGCAGCAAGUCGCUAUUGCUGACCGUGACCACGGGGUUCUUCAUCUUUAUUCGUGUCGGGUUUGGUUUAGUAAGCGGAGGAUUGACCUAUUCGGCGAAGACAUGGGCUGUCUAUCGCGACUCAUUUGGCCCAUUCUUCACCGUUACACUUGGUCUCGCUCUGUCGGUUGUUGUCGACUUCCUGAUCACCGCAACCUUGAUGUUCUAUCUCUACCGGUGUCGAACCGGGUUUGACAGGACCGAUGGAGUUGUUAAGUGGCUCAUGGCCUAUGCAGUGCAUACUGGAGCCAUAUCCAUGAUUCUUUCAAUAGCAACAUUGCUGACCUACGUUCUUGUGAAUCACAGUCUGGUAUAUGCCGGACUCGUCACAAUGUCUAGCAAACUAUACGCCAAUUCCUUUCUCGGAACGCUGAAUGCAAGACAAUUGCACCGCCAGAAAAUCCAGAAACCGGGAACAUCGGACUCAAACAGAGACCGCAGUAUUUACAUCUCCAGAACAUCUGAGCAACCACACAUAGAGAUAUUCAGGGAGACGACGAAGGUGACCGUUCUCGACCACGACGGGACACCACGAAGCCCUGCACCUCUGAAAUUCUACAACAUGAACGUAUGAGUUGCGAGACGUCGUAUCUUUUUGAUAGUACUGUAAAACUCGCUCAACUGUAGUGUUCAGGAUUUUGAUAUCCGGUAAACUUGUCAGGUAACUAGUAUUACUAUAUUGCAUGUUGAUUAGACCGGUGACGGCGUCGGUACACACGGUCACAAUGUACCAUACGGUUGUGCGAGAC